AUGCUGACAGUCGCCACUAAGGAUAUACCUCAUCGCCUCAUCGUCUCAUCGUCUCAUUACCUCACUCUCAUCCUCACACGCAUACACCCAAUGUCCAUCACACUCCCCCCAAACGUCGUCACCCUCCAAAACGACACCUACUCCUCCCUCCUCAACAAACUCAGAGAUCGCACCCUCUCCUCCCCCGAAGUCAGAUCCCUCGUCAAGACCCUCACCUCUCUCAUCGUCUCAAGUAUCGACAUCAAAGCCCAGCAAGGCGAGGUAAUAGCCGUCAUCGUCGUCCUGCGCUCGGGUCUCUCCAUGUUCGAGUCCUUCAUGUCCGAGAUCCCCGCUGAGUCCGCCGCGUCUGCUUCAACCUAUCACAUCGGGAUCUUCCGCGACAAGGCGACCUUGCAGCCGGUUGAGUACUACAAUAAGCUGCCCGCGAAGCCGGACGCGAUCAAGCGGGCAUUCGUGCUAGAUCCGCUUAUUGCGACUGGUGGGACGGCAGAUGCCGUGGUGAAUAUUAUGAAAGACUGGGGCGUCGAGACGGUCAAUUUCAUCUCGCUUCUCUCCAGCACGGCCGGUAUCACCAGAGUCGCGAAGGAAUGGCCCGAUCAUACCACGUUCUUUGUGGGAUCCGUCGACCCCGAACUAGAUAGCCAGAGCUUCAUCUCACCGGGGGUAGGCGAUAUCGGUGAUCGGUUAUUUGGGACGUCUUAA